AUGGAGUACGUCGACUAUGAGAGCCUGACCGAGGCGGAGCUCGGAGCCAUGGACAACCUUACAGUGCGGUCCAAGGUCUCCGAGCUGCCGAUGAGCAGCUCCGGCAACAUAUCGCCGUAUGCGCUGGGCAUGUCUGUGCGCAUCGACCUCGAGAAGCGCCGCAGAGCGACGCAAACCGACAAGGAACGCGAUAACAUGGUCGGCAAGGCGUUCCUGGAGUCGUGCGGCAAGUUCGGCUCCAGCGACAAGGUCGUCGAGGCCGCGGCUAUUCUGCGCAAGUUGGACACCAACUGCAGUGCUAUGGUGUACCGCGAGGCGUUGGCAACUCGCAUGCAGCUGCGCAAGAUGGCGCUGAAGAACCUCUCGGGGGAGAACUUCGCUGAGGCGUUGCUGCAGGCGCACUACUCGCUGCUGCUGGCGAAGAAGUUCCACAUGGACAUCGCCAAGACGCCUCUGAGCGGCGAGAUGGCGAUGGAGCUUUUAAUUCUGAGCAAGUGCUACGCUCACGUUGGGCAGUUCGACGCGGGCCGAACCCACCUGAUCGAGUUCCGGUUCCUGGUUGAGCAGACCAUUCUGCACCUAGUGAAGCCCGCUGCGGCUGGCGACCGCGCUGCGCCGCAGCCCACUGAGCGCAAGGCCGUGAUAAACUGCGACCCGAAGGUCUUCCCCAACAUCGUGUUCACGCUGGCCGAGAUCCUGACGAUGUACGACCUCCACGAGGAUGCGGAGAUAUUUUUCUCCAAGUACCUGAUGCUGUGCGAGCGCGAGUUUGGCGGCGACAGCGUCGGGCUCAGCGAGGCCAUCAACAGCGUGUGCGUGUACCUUCUGCGCAGCCGGCAGCACAUGAAGGCUCUGCCGCUGGCCGUGAAGGCGCUGGAGAUUCAGAAGAAGCACUUCGGCGACUACACCAGCGAGACGCCCGACCCGCGUGUGGCGGAGGGGUACUGCAACGUGGGCAUGCUGUAUCGGAUGGUGGGCAACCCCCUCGACGCUCUGCACAACCUGCUCAUCGCCAUCGACAUGAAGAUGCGCAUCUUUCAGGACCGGGAGCAUCCCGAGGUGCAGGACAUAUUCCUCUCGUUGGGCUGCUGCCAGCACAUGCUGGGAAACUUCCACGCCGCCGCGUCCAUAUACCGCGAAGUGUACACGACGCGUUGCGACACUCUGGGCACGACGCAUCCGCUGACCGUUGCGGUGAAGCAUUUGCUGGAGGACCUUGACCGCGAUAUCAGGGUGGCCCCGGACCCAGGUGCCGGCGCUGAGAAGGGCAAGUCGUUACCCGAGAGCACGGAGAAAAUAUAUGCGCGCGUGAAGGCGCUGGGUGCCGAGAUGGGCCACCCCUCCAAGAGGGCCCCGCGCGGGGCCCCCGGCAUCGAGGUAUGCCGCAUCCAAUCGCUGUACGCGAACAAGACGAAGCACUUCCGCAUACCCACGGCGAGCAUACUGCAGACGCACGAAUGCAUCAUCCCACGCAAGGAGGUCAUUGAGCUCUCGCGUCAGAUAUCCAUUCAGUACGCGUACAAGCGCCUGCCCAUCAUAAACAUCCCGCGCAUGGCUCGCGGCCGGCUGAUUUUGAACGACAGCCAGCCCGUGAUGGAGUGCAACAAGGAUGCGUCUGACCUUCUGCUGGAGUGGGACUUCCGCCCGCCGUCGGUCACCGCGGACGGCGACGUGGUGGGCGGCGACCCUAAGUUGUCUGCCGAUGUGCUGCUUUUCAUCCCCAUCAUGGAGGACGGUAAGCCCGUCAUGGGUUUCUACAGCAAGCCCAUUUUCGUGCCCAACCCGGGUCUCUUCCACGCGUUCAAGCGGGCCAAGACGAUACGCGACUUCAACGUGGAGCCCUCGCCUCCAACUACUGAAGGUGUCAAACGGCGUGAUUCGAACACGACUGGCACUUUGGAUCCCACUUCAAGCGGAGCAACCCGGGACAGCGAUCCGAAGGAACCUAAGCAUACGGUGCCUCUGGUUAAGGUGAAGCCUCUGCUUCCUCCGAAGCGCGGUGACGCCGUCUCUGCGCCCAAGGAAGGCCCCCCCAAAAAACUCGCUCCCAAGGGUGUAUCUAAACCCUCUAUUGUUGUGGCGAAAAAACUUCCUUUGAAACCAAAGGGCGAUGUUGCCGCUGCAGCUGCUGCUGCAGGUGCGGAGAAGAAGACUGCACCGCCCCCGGCCAUUGCUCCUAAGAAAGGACUUCUCAAGGGCAUGCCCAAAAUAGUACAGCCGAAGAUAAUUAAGACCCUGGGAAGCCCGAGACCGGAUGAUGCAGCUCCGCCUAAGAGCUCACCGGUUCCCAAGAAGGAGGCACCGAAAGGCGCAAUAUCGCAGGGCGAGGGAUCGAAAACAGAAGACCCCGCCCCCUCAACUCUGCCACUGGUCGAACAGCGUUCAAUGCGGCUAGGCGAUUUGUUUUCCAAGAAACUGGACACCAAUGCGAACAACCGCAACGCGAAGUUCCUCGCGAAGAUUGGAAACCUGGCGAAGAUAAUGGUGAAGCCGAACCAAGUGAAGGCGCCCGGCGCCGGCGGCAUGGCAAUGGUAAAGCAGGCGGCGCCUGUAACUGGCGCGUCGCCCCCUUCGUCGCUGUUAGACAGCGACGCCGACACUAGUCUCUCUGACCUGGAUGAUGAAGAGGUUUUCAUGCCCUCUCCAACUCUGCGUGAAGAUCCCACUGCGAGGGCGUCCGUAGUGGCUAUGCCCCCUCGAAACGACAAGCUACCACUGGACCUGAAAUCGAUCCAUGAUCCCCUGCCAAUGGACAUCCUCAGCUUGGUGCGGGGUAUCUGCUCCCACAAGGACGAUGACACGUCGCUUCGGUGCAUGCUGCUGGGUGAGAACGGUCGCCCGCUGGCCAUCGUGCCAUGGCAGAUCGACAUGAUGUCGUUGACGUUGGCCAAGUCAUGCCUUUCAAUGGAGCUGCUGGAGAAAUAUUCGGUUGCCACCGAGAAGAAGGACGAUUCCUCGGAGGCGUCGAAGGAGGCUCAGAUCGCCGCGUAUCGGAAACUGCUGGCGGGCGAGGGUCUUCACGACCUUGGGUUCAGUGAUUUGAUAGGUAACAAGGCGAUGCAGUCGUUGGCCGGCGGAGAAGAUGCCUUGUCCUCCGGUUUGGGCAUGGGCCUGCCGCCGUCCGUGCUCGCCAACCUUCGUAAGCAGGCUGAGGAGCUGGAGAGGAAAGCGAAGGAGGAAGCAGAAGCGGCCGCCGCCGAGAAAGACGCUGCGGCAAAGGCAGGUGCCGCGGGUAUGCCGAAGGUUGUCCCGAUCUUGAAGAAGGAAGCGCCCGCGACUAAAAAAGGCGCGCCGCCCAUGAAGAAGGGGGCGCCCAAGGGCCUAGCUCCGCCGGGCAUGAAGAAAGGCCUCCCGACGAAGAGUAAAGGCAAGGGAGGGCCUUCGUCGAUGGUCGACAACUCUAAGGUCCGUCGCUUUUUCUGGGACCCCAUUUUCGGCGAGGACGCCCAGGGCACGCUUUUCGCGUGUCCAAAGGGCAUGCCCACCGUGGAGAAACCCGAGAUCGAGGCGACGUUCGCCAAGGCGGUGCCCAAGGCCCGUGUGGCCGUUGUGUCGAAGCCCAAGGUUCUCAAUCUGCUGCCCGACUCCAAGCGAGCCUACAAUAUGAACAUCGGUCUGUCGAAGUUCUCCAAGUACACGUUCAAGGAGCUUAAGGAUGCGGUGCUAGGUUUGGAUCCCGCUGUGCUGAACAUAGAGGCCACCGAGGGCCUCAUGACCCUGUUGCCCACCCCCGAGGAGGCAAACAUAGUCCAGGAGUAUGUGAAGUCGGGAGGCGACAUGAACCUGGUGGACCGGCCUGAGCAGUUUGUUGCCGUUAUCUCCACGAUCCCGCUGCUGAAGCAGAGGCUGGAUUCGCACCACGUCGCGCUGACCUUCAAGGAGCACUUCCAGGAGAUCAUCACGCCUCUGGAGCGCAUAAUGGACGGCUGCGAGGCGGUCAUGUCAAGCAUCAAGUUGAACGUGCUGUCCAACGUCAUCCUGAAGAUCGGUAACACGCUUAACGAGGGCGACGCGAAGAAGGGUAAUGCGGAGGGUUUCAAGCCCACCACGUUCGCCAAGCUGAACGAGUUCCGCACGACCACCAAGCCGGUCAAGACGUUGCUGCAGUACAUUUGCGACAUCGUGGCGAAGGAUGAUGAGACCAUGCUGGAAAUUUACAACGAGCUGCGCCCGUGCGAGGAGUGUUCCAAGAUCGACACGGUCGCCCUGGAGGCAAACAUCAGCAAGUUCAAGAACGACAUGCAGAAGGUCAACAACUCAAUCGCCGCGGUGGAACGCCUCCGCGACGCCAACGACGAGUUCGUGCCCAUUAUGCGCGACUUCCUGAAGGACGCGGAGCCCAAGGUGUCGUAUGUGCAGGAGCAGCAGAAGGAGGUGAUGCUCAUGUUCCGGGAGACGGCGAAGUACAUGGGUUACCCCGACAAGGAGGUCGAGAAGGUGCGCGUGGACGAGUUGUUCCGCCACAUUUGGGGCUUCGCGAAAAAUGUAGAGGUGGCCCGCAAGGCUCGACUCGAAGCCAUAGAGAAGGAGCGCCGGAUGGUCAUGGCCGAGCGCCGAAAGCAGGAGCAGGUCGCUGCUCGCAAGAGCAAGAUGCGCACUUCGUUGAUGCCCACCACCGUAACGGCGACUCCCAAGAUGGUCGACGGGCUGGCGGACAUUGUGAAAACGCAGACUUGA